AUGACCAUGAAAGUGAGAGGGAGUGAGAAUUUUGUGUGGUUUACUGAUCUGAAACUUGGGGAUGGCUUCAAUGGUCCUUCCUACAAAUGCAGACACAAAAAAUCUGGUGAGGAAUUCGUUUCAAAAGAUUUGAAAUAUGAUUUGGUGGAUAGAAACCAAUUAUUAGAAUUAAACCACAAAAAUAUUUUGAAGGUGGUUGAACUCACCAAAGAUACAAAAUCUUUUAAAGAUAUUCUAAUUGUUGAGUUCUGCAGUGAAAAUAGUUUGCAGGAUGUCUUGUCAAUACCUGAUAAUUAUUUUGGAUUAGAUGAAGAGUCCUUGCUAGCAUUAGGCAAUGAUGUAAUUGAAGGAUUACAUCAUUUGCACGAAAAAAAAUUAAUACCUUCAAACUUUCAUUUGAAAACUACAACAAUUUUAUGCUCGAAAAAGAAGAAUGGUAGCCUACAAUUCAAAGUAUCAGAUUAUUAUUUCAAACAUUUCAAAGACGACAUGUAUUUCACAUCCACGGUUAAAACUCAGUUGAAAAAUGUUUCCAUCUUGUUAUGGAGCUUGGGCUGUUUGAUGUGCCAUGCCAUUAACGGAAAAUCACCAUUUUUUGAAUUAGAUUCCAGCCUAGGUAAGGUGACUGAGCUGUUGAAACAACGAAAAUCGAACGAUCUUCAUGUCGUGAAGAAACACCAGAACCAUCCCUUCGAAUGGUCGAACACGUUUUUAAUCACCUGUCGAAUUUCAUUUCAACUGCAGCUGACCUACCAGCAAUUCAUAAGCAACUGUUUCAAACCUGGAAACUCUCUGCCUCUGAAAGAAUCGCACAGAUUGGAGUUUGUUGGCCAAAAGUUUGAAGUAUUUAAUGUGAACGACUAUCUAGUGGCAUCACGAUAUUUAAGCAACAGCAGUGUGCUCGACCUAAAACUCAAAGAGAAAUGCAAUAAAAAUACUGUUUUAGUGUACAAUCGAAAUAUUUUAAGUGACUCGUCAACGUUUAAUUUCUCGCACGGAACUUUAAUGAACGAUCCGAUUGUGAUGGUAACUAAGAAACAAGAAUUGAAGUUUCCCAAUUUGUUGAUCGCCGAAAUGAAAUCCAUUCAUUCGUCUCUCCUUCAACUGGCAAAGACGACAACGGAUUGUGACAUGGAGAUGAACAUUGAAAUCGCACGCAAAUAUUCCUCCUUUGCAAUCCUAUGCCUCAGGCUGCAUUCUGAUCUAGAAAGAUGCAAAGAAAUAUUGUACAAAACAAUGUGUGCUUUCAAAUCGUUAGCGUUAGAAAAAUAUGAUCUUUUAUAUUUCAAAUUCCAUCUCCUCGACAAGAAUAGAAUAAAAUUGAACUUGAAUGACUUCAACGUUAACGAACAGUUUCACUUAGUUGAAAAAAAAUUGAAAAGUUUGAAGAGAGAUAUAUUAAACAUUACGACAGUUAUAACAACAAAUAAAAGCCGCUUUUACACUGACUCCAUCGUUAACUGCAAGACCAAACAAUGCAACGGGACAAUAAAUGAAUGCGUUGAACAAACAAUGCUGACGUAUAAGAAAUUUUUGGAUGAGAAAGAUAAAAACCUGACCCACAAUGACAAACAGAUCUUAAAAUACGAUCGAAUAAAGUUGAACGAAAGCGCGCACAGAGCAUUUAAGAUAAUCUACGAACACUGCACGAUGGAGGCCACUGGGACCCAAAAAGUUUUCAUUAUGUGGUUCAAUGAUCAGCAAAACGGAUACGACAACUUCUUCGGCCAGCAAACGGUCUUUGAUCAAAUAGAAAUUAUGAUUAAAGAUUUAAAAACUUUACUGAAUUCAACAAAAAAAAGUCAUUCAGACAGUUUACCAGACCUUUAUCUGAUGUCAUUCACACGUCAGUUAUUUGAAAUAAAAUUGGAAGCGAUUAAUGAACGAUCGGAAACAAUUAAGAACAUCAACAAAUAUUUAGAAGCUAAACCCAACGUUCACGAUAUCUUUGAUACUGUCGAUCAAUUAUAA